AUGGCGACGCACAGUAACGAGAAGAUGAUUUUGAGGGUAAGGGGAAUAUUUUACGUUUCGAUCUUUGCACAGAACAUGUGUUGUGUUGUUCCGUAUUACAGGAGCAUCGAAGGCGGUAGCUGCAAUUCGGUAGCUCCAGAUUGUGGCAGACGUUCUACGCUCUCUAUGCGAGACCUUACCGGCUUUAUUUUGUCCAAGCUCUUUCUGGUCUACAUCACAGCACCUAAUAUUGUACCGUCAAUAAGAGUGGAAGGUGAGGAUGACCCAUCUGAUGCCACCAACAGUCAAGAUCAAAGAGGAUGGUGGUUUUCCCGAAAAUCUAAUUAUUAUGAUGCUGCAGAUAAAACAAGUGUCUCUGAUGGUUUUCAGGAAUCGUUGGCGUUCCUAGAGAUGAUAUUUAAAGAACAAGGACCAUUUGAUGGUGUUGUUGGUUUCAGUCAAGGUGCUUCGUUUGUCAGUUUGUUGUGCUCCAUUGGAGAUCAGCCUGACUCUCCUUUCCAGUUUGAUUUUGCUAUAUUGAUUGCUGGUUUCAAAAGUUUAUUAUCACCACAUAGUAAAUACUAUGAUGAACCAAUCACAUGUCCUAGUUUACAUGUAUAUGGUGAUACAGAUAAAGUGAUUCCUAAAGAGUCCAGUGUACAGCUUCUGAAAUACUUUGUUAAUCCACAGACCCUAAAUCAUACAGGAGGUCAUUUUGUUCCUGCAUCAUCACCUCAGAAAAAAGUAUAUCUUGAAUUCUUGCAGUCAUUUCUAGAUAAGAAAAAAGAACAGACUAAAGGCCAGCAAUGUUGA